AUGGCGUCCGCCACUGGGUUCACAUAUAACAAUGUUGAAGUGAUUGAGCUAAACCAGCGCCAAAGUGGCUACCCACGACUUGCUGCUUUUAUUAACAGCGAUGAACAAUUCAUGAUGUUCCGAAGAUUUGGAUACAUCCAAACGCGACUGCUCUUGGAGAAACAAGCCAAGCUGAUGAAGCUGGAACGACAUCUCAACUUCCUGGACUCUUUCGAGGGACAUGAAACCCCGAGCAAGUUUGCUGAUCGCAGCAAAAUGCAGUGCUUUAAACGACCGACAAAACAAGACCAUCGGAGCGUUGUCAAUUUCAAUCGUAACGAGGCGCCAAUAGUUCGAAGAGAAAGUUUAUGGGUCAAUUCAUCUGAAGACCUAGUCGCCUUGAGGCCAGCCAAAGAACCCGAUUGGAUGGAAAGAAUGAUUGAGAGAUCUGUCACGGCGCUUGACCGUAGAUUUUUGACGGAUAUAUUUCAAACAACCGUUGACCGAGCCAAAUCCAUUGACAUGAUAUACUACAAUCGUAGUCGGAUACAAAGAACCGCUACUGCAAUCAUCGCGCUACUGGUUUCAAUACUCCUCGUCCUCCCGAUCUCCAUCUGCUACGUUAUGGUAAUCUACAUUGGCGGAAACAAAGCCUACGGCGCUUGCAUUGGGAUAAUCUUCCUUUCCACUCUCAUCUUCUCCGUUUGCACCUCUAUCUUCUCAAACGCAAAAAGGUCCGAGGUCCUGGCAGCGACUUCAGCAUAUUGUGCCGUGUUAGUUGUGUUUCUUGGAGGCGUGGGCCAGUGA